AUGACCGAACGUGCUCUCAACAUGGUUAUUUUAAGGCCAACAACGGUUUUAGAAAAAGCAUCACUAGAGACUGUAAAAAAUGGAAAAACAUUUGAACUACUGAAUUGUGACAAGCAUAAAGGUUUGCUGAAGAACACAACAGAGAUUUAGGUUUCCUGCCGACCAGAUAUCACUCAUCAGUGCCUCAUGAUGCUCAUGGAUAGCCCAUUGAAUAGGGCUGGAUUGCUUCAAGUUUAUAUUCACACAACAAACAAUAUUUUAAUAGAAGUGCAUCCGCAGACCAGAAUCCCACGAACUUUUGACAGAUUCUGUGGACUUAUGGUGCAGUUACUUCAUAAACUAAGCGUGAGAGCUUUGAUGCCAAUUCUGAAACUCAUUGAAAGUAAUCAAAACCCUGUAACAGACUACUUUCCUCCUGGUUGUAAAGAGAUGUGCAUGUCUUUUGGAGCCACAGAUGUUGUACAUCCAAAAACACUUGCACCACCAAAUGAGGCAGUCGCAUGUGUGAUUGGAGCAAUGGCUCAUGGGUCUGUGGAUGUCGACUACACUGAAAAAUCUUACUCAAUCAGCAAUUAUCCUCUUUCUGCGGCCCUAACUUGCACCAAACUAUGCAGUGGGUUCGAAGAAAAGUGGGGGAUCAUUUGACAUGCAACAAUCAUGUAAUAAAAUACCUUAAAUAACACG